GCGCGGAGCGGAGGGCCCGGGAUGCUCGGCGGCUCCGCUCCCGCCGCCGCGGCUCCGGAUCCAGCCUGGCUGGACAGGCCAGGACAGUGCUGAGGAGCCUGGCCGGCCCCGAGCUGACCGUAGCGUUGGGCUGGAGCUCUGGAAGGUGCACCUGGUGGGGCUGUGCCGCGGGGCUGCCUCUCCCGAGCAGCGCACACGGAGGUCAGGGGAGGAGAACCGCAGCCCGGAGACAGAUUGAAGAAACUUCUUGAGCAGGAGAAGGUCUAUCAAGCCCGGAAGGAGAAGGAACAUACCAAGAGAAUCAAUAAACUAAGAGAAGAACUAGUCAAGCUCAAAUCAUUUGCACUCAUGCUGGUGGAUGAAAGACAAAUGCAUAUUGAACAACUUGGUCAACAAAGCCAGAAAAUACAGGACUUAACCCAAAAACUAAAAGAAGAAGAAGAAAAGCUUAAAAUUAUUAGUGCAAAAACUAAAGAAGAUGGACAAAAACUGAUGAAGUUAGAGGCAGAACUUGAACACAAAACUUCAUCAUUUUCUCAAGAACAUGAGGAGAUGACUGCUAAACUGGGUAAUCAAGAGUCACAUAAUAGACAGCUAAGGCUUAAGCUAGUGGGGUUGACUCGCAGAAUAGAGGAGCUGGAAGAAACUAACAAAAAUCUUCAAAAAGCUGAGGAGGAACUUCAAGAGCUAAGAGAUAAAAUAGCAAAAGGGGAAUGUGGGAACUCUAGCUUAAUGGCAGAAGUGGAAAACCUCCGCAAGCGUGUGCUUGAAAUGGAGGGCAAAGAUGAAGAGAUCACAAAAACCGAAUCCCAGUGCAAAGAGCUGAAAAAUAAACUGCAAGAGGAGGAGCACCAUAGCAAAGAGUUGAAACUUGAAGUGGAAAAACUGCAGAAAAGAAUGUCAGAACUAGAGAAGCUGGAAGAGGCUUUCAGUAAAAGUAAGUCUGAAUGCACUCAGCUACACUUAAACUUGGAGAAAGAAAAGAAUUUGACUAAAGAUUUGAUAAAUGAGUUGGAAGUGGUAAAGACUCGAGUGAAGGACCUUGAGACAUCAGAAAGCAAGUUGGAAAAGGCUGAAAUAAGCUUAAAAGAUGACCUUACAAAGCUGAAGUCGUUUACUGUAAUGUUGGUUGAUGAACGAAAAAAUAUGAUGGAAAAAAUAAAACAAGAGGAAAAAAAGGUUGAGGGUCUAAACAAGAAUUUUAAAGUUGAACAAGGGAAAGUUAUGGAUGUAACAGAGAAAUUGAUAGAAGAAAGUAAGAAAUUUUUGAAACUGAAAUCUGAAAUGGAGGAAAAAGUGUCUAGUUUGACAAAGGAAAGAGAUGAGUUAAUUGGCAAACUGAGAAGUGAAGAAGAAAAAUCCUCUCAACUAAGCUGUAGAGUUGACUUGUUAAAGAAAAGAAUUGAUGGUGUAGAGGAAGUAGAAAGAGAAAUUACAAGAGGUCGAACCAGGAAAGGACCAGAGCAUGGUUGUCAUGAGGACAACAAGAUUAAGGAACUCACUGUUGAAAUUGAAAGACUGAAAAAACGCCUCAAACAAUUGGAAGUGGUUGAAGGAGAUUUGAUGAAGACAGAAGAUGAAUAUGAUCAGCUAGAGCAGAAAUUUAGGACUGAGCAGGAUAAAGCUAACUUUCUUUCUCAACAGUUGGAGGAAAUGAAACUCCAGAUUGCCAAAACCAAAGCAAUAGAAAAAGGUGAAGUGGUGAGCCAGGAGGCAGAACUGAGGCACAGGUUUCGUCUGGAAGAGGCCAAAAGCAGAGAUUUGAAAGCAGAAGUUCAAGCUCUUAAGGAAAAAAUCCAUGAGCUGAUGAACAAAGAAGACCAGCUUUCUCAGCUCCAAGUUGAUUAUUCAGUUCUGCAGCAAAGGUUUAUGGAAGAAGAAAACAAAAACAAGAGUAUGGGACAGGAAGUUCUGAACCUAACAAGAGAGCUGGAGCUUUCUAAGCGUUACAGCCGUGCUCUGAGGCCCAGCAUAAAUGGACGAAGAAUGGUCGAUGUCCCUGUGACAUCCACUGGUGUGCAGACAGAUGCUGUAAGCAAUGAAGCAGCAGAAGAAGAAACUCCUGCAGUGUUUAUAAGGAAAUCCUUCCAGGAGGAGAAUCAUAUCAUGAGCAAUCUGCGACAGGUAGGUCUGAAAAAACCCAUGGAGCGUUCUUCAGUGCUCGAGAGAUAUCCUCCAGCAGCAAAUGAGCUUGCUAUGAGGAAAUCUUGGAUACCGUGGAUGAAAAAGAGGGAAACUGGGGCUCAGGCAACUCCUGAUAAAGGAGCCCGGACCCACAGUAGUCCAGCACAUCCUGGAGAGGUUGUCCUUUCACCAAAACAGGGUCAACCUCUUCAUAUUCGGGUGACACCAGACCAUGAGAACAGCACAGCAACUUUGGAGAUAACCAGUCCAACUGCAGAGGAAUUUUUUUCAAGUACCACUGUCAUUCCUACUUUGGGAAAUCAGAAGCCACGAAUAACCAUCAUUCCCUCUCCAAACGUUAUGCCACAAAAAGGAAAAGGCAGUGAAAGUCCAAUGGGCCCAGAUCGUUCUAUGUCUCCAGUCACUAUAACAACGUUCUCCAGGGAAAAGUCCCCAGAGGGAGGGAGAGCACCCUUUGCCGACAGACCUGCAUCGCCAAUUCAGAUUAUGACAGUAUCAACAUCUGCAGCACCAGCAGAAAUCUCUGUCUCUCCACAGUCACAAGAUAUGACCAUGGGAAGAGCUGUCUUCAAAGUAACGCCAGAAAAGCAAACCGUCCCGACUCCAAUCCGCAAGUACAAUGCCAAUGCCAACAUUAUUACGACAGAAGACAACAAAAUCCACAUCCACCUAGGUUCCCAGUUUAAACGUUCUCCCAGUGCUGUACCUGAUGGUGCAAGUCCUGUGAUAACAGUGAGACCAGUGAACAUAGCAGCAGAGAAAGAAGUUGUGACUGGUACCGUCCUUCGAUCACCUCGAAACAACCUGUCCUCGCGACCCGCAGCGAGCAAGGUGACAAGUACCAUCACUAUAACACCUGUUACAACGUCUUCCACCCGAGGAACACAAUCAGUGACAGGCCAGGAUGGGUCAUCCUCGAGACCUACACCCACCCGCAUUCCUGUGUCAAAAGGUAUGAAAGCAGGAAAGCCAGUAGUGGCAGCCCCGGGAGCAGGAAAUGUGACAAAAUUCGAGCCUCGUGCCGAGACUCAGUCUAUGAAAAUAGAACUGAAGAAAUCUUCAGCCAGCAGCUCUGCCUCCCUGGGCGGGGGUCAGGGCUGAUGGCAGUGGCUCAGGGGGUACGUUCUGCAGGUUUUACUGCUCCCAUGGAAGUCAGUCCCCCCUGUCUGUGUAGUUGCUCACGUUUGCCUGUACUAAUGAAGUCCUGCAGCUGUCACUUACAAAAAACUAAUAAGUGUGUGCACUGACUACUUAAGUAACAAUAUCCUUUUGUUUUCUUGAACUCAAGUUUAAAAAAGGAAAAAAAAGCCAUCAUAAAGGCAGUUCUUGUACGCCAGGAAGAUUUUCAGUCUAGGAAAUGAGAAUGGUGCAGCUAAACUAGGUUAUUAAUCUAGUUCAGGAAUUCUUAAUGAUGGACUUGGUCAUUUGAAGGAAGUUCGGUCACUUUUACUGGUUGUCUUUCACCUUAGCGGAUCACUUUCCACCUUUGCUACUGCAUGGGACACUUUCCUUCCUGCCUGUGAUCACAUUAUUGAAAUGCCACUUGGCCUAGGGAAGCAAUGCCAGGAGACAGUGCACUUGAGGUCCUGUUUUACUGAAAGCUAGUACCUCAGCUGUGGGAGGGAGGGGAAGAGAGAAAGGAUGGGCACUGUGUGACCUGCCUUCUCUUGAGGAGUCUCCCAUCCGAGUCAGUGUUUCUCGGUGGUGAGGUGCUUUCUCAAGAUAGUUACAGAAUUCAGGGGCAUAGGGAUGUAGCACAAUGUUUGGCAGCAGCAGUGUUAAGCACCAACUUAAUUCUUCCAGAGGGGAUUAACAUUUGUAGACAGUACUCAAAACCAGGUCCCUGACUUACACACACUGGGUACUGCCAGCUCAGUGCUCAGAUGAAGCUACGUGAGCCAAAAAGUGUUUAGUCUUUGGCAAAGCUGAAGAAACACUGAUCUGGCUAAAAUCAAUACUGUCCAUUUAUGGCUGCUCCAAAGAUCACUAACACUAUGAAGCAAGUCACUCUGUUGACCUGACUAGGUUUUCAGUUGUUUUCUUUGUUGGGGUCUUAUAUUUAAACCUUAGUUGUCAAGCAUCUGUAUGUCUUGGAGGGGAAGUCAAUACAGACUGCUGGUGGCAGGAAUUGCUAUCUAAAGGCACAGCUCAGGCACAGACAGUGAAAGAGAGAGGGUUUGAUAAGGAAGUUAGUCUCAUUUUUCAGUUCUGUAUAAUAUGUUGUCAUAAAUACAGACUGCCUCACAAUACCAUGGUGAUUCAUUGUUUUUCCUUCCCUCUUUGUAAUUUCCUCAUUUAUAUGCUUGCGUUUUUUAAGCAUGUUCUAAGGAAUUGUUCCAGCAUGGAAAUAGUGUGGAUGCCCAUGAUUGUUAUGAUUUUUUAUUUAAUAACAGUAAAGUUAUUAAAGGACAUUUCCAUUAAGUGAUCAAUUUCCACAGAAGAAAGUCUCAACCAAAAGAAAUGGAGCCAAGCAGACCGAUAAGUGAUGGGUUUAAAGUUUGUAUAAUGCUUCAACCAUCUCAGCAAGCUGUGAAGGACCCAGUGGUUGAAACAGCUUUCAGAAAGCAAGGCGGGAAGACCACUCAUAAAUAAUAAAUACAAUUCACAGAAAGGAAAAUGCACCCGUGGGUAAAAUAUGAAAUGGCUUUCUGUCUAGGAGAAGAGAUUUGAUGGAAGAAUCUGUCACAGAAGGUCAACAAAAUUAUAUUCAUCCAAGCAGUGUUUAGUUUUCAGUCUGUGAUUUGCAUUGCUCUCCAGUUUAAGAUCCAGAUAUAGCAAUUAGCUGACCAUAAAGCUGGUAUUUUAUUAUUUGCAUGAAGGGCAUUUUUUAAUUUGCCACAUCAAAAAAGAAGUAGGUUUUGGGUUUUUUACAUAUGUAGCACCUACAGUACCUGUUAAUUCUAAGGUUCUGGUUCCUAUGGCAUCCAAAAAUCAGAUUAAUAUUUGUAGCAUUUUUCCUAACACCCUAUUCAGUAUUUCAGAUAAAACUUGGAAACUGGAAUUAUCAAGCAAUGUGAGUUACUGUUUCAGAAAUACAUCAGAUGCUCUCAAGUAAUUCUUAUCACUUGAAAGCCUCAGAAUGUCAAUAAAUUGUUGCUGAGAUCUUACUGUUCUUGUUGUAACACGGAUUUUUUAACAGAUGUUUGAAAAAAACACGUUUUUAAGAGCUUUUUGCUGGAUAUUCACUCUAAAUACUGGCACUGAAGCAAGUCUUAAGGUCAAAACAGUCAUUUAAAUAAUAUUGUGAACAUGAGCCCUGAGCUAAUGUGGCUUGAUACAGUGAUGAACUACAGCUGCCUUUUAAGCCUUCCUUAUGUCAAAGAAACUUAGUUCCUUAGUUAACUGUUGCUGCACUCAAGGCAAUGUUCUGUGCGUGCCUGUGGUUGAAAAAUUUUUUUUUGUUUGAGGUCUAAGAAACUAAUUCAUCUGCAGAAACAAGCCAGCCACACAGUACCUGAAGUCCAGGGCACACAAACUGGUUCAGCUAGAGCCAGAACUGCAGGCACAAUCUGGGGAUUGCUCCUAUGGCGUCAGUAGGAUUUGAUGAGACAGAUUUGAGAAAUUCCAGACAGGUCAGACUGAGGAUCCUGUUAUUUUUCCCAGGGGGAGCACAACAAAAAGGAACUUUCGCUCCACAGCAGAAACCUAAAGAGUUGGAAUCAGGCAGCUGGUUUAACUGUUAACUAAAAAUAGAUAUUUAGUUAUAAAUUUUAACAUCUGUUUUAAUUGAACUUAUCCUUGUUUCUUAAAGGUAGAAGAAGGUUAAGAUAAAGAAAAAAGAAAGCCUAUAGUUCAGAAGUCUUAAAAUUUGAAGUGUAACUCUGUAUUAUAUUGGAAUUUCCUCUAAGUCUGAAGGCAAUUAUGUUUAGUGACUACAGUAAGAUUCUCCAUUCAAUAGGUCAGGUCCAGAAGGCAGUUUAAACAACCAAGUCUAAAGACAGUGUCUAAGCCCCAGAGGCAUCCUGAAGAUCUUCCUGAUGUUCUUCCACUGCCUUUGUCUAGUCAGGGUUUCUGUUGUGAGUUAACUCUAGCACUGCAGCCUCUGAACCUCACCAAGAUCCAUAAUCCAGGUAUUCCUGUAUUUCUUCUAAGAGUUUCUAAGUCAAGCCACAAUUUCAUGGUCACUUAAAGUCAGGAUGUAAUCCCACACUGGAGUGAAAAGCUGUAGUCCUGUCUUUGUCAACUCCAGCCAAGAAAGUGCUCACAUAGUCACUCAACAUGUGGUUGUCCCUUGAGCUGGCACAAGUGUUUGAACCUAACUGGGGAACUGAUCUGAAUUAAAACGAAUCUGGCAAAACAAAGAAAGGCUAGGUUCAAUAUAGCUUAGUUCCAGGCUCUCAGGCCAGAAAAAGAAGGAAGGCACAGGAAACCAGGGGCUGUUUUAAAGUGACUGGAAUCAUGAAGGCUUCCUAGUAGAUAAAUACCACAGAAAUGGAGGGGUAGUACUGCUAUUUUAAAAAGUUUCUGAUUGAAACCUUUUUUCAAAUGUAGGAGACAGAUCCCCCUUCCCAGCAAUACCUGAGGAGACUCAAACUCACAUCAGCUGCAGGCAGGUUCAGCAAUGGCACUGACAGACUGAGGGGGGGAAGAAGGUGGCAUUCUUAUUCCCUCCUUUGAAGGCUGUGCUGUUCUGCAUGAAGUGCUUCAGUAUUCACUGAGCAGAAACAAUUGAGUGGUUGAGUGGUCAGGAUAUUGAACUAGGAAGAGGGAGCCCCCCUGUUUUCAUGUCCCUGUUCCAAAGGCUGCCUUUGAGCUCAGCCUUUUGUGAAAAAAAAGUUUAUAAGAUGAAGUGUCUGUGUUCGUCCAUCGUUCCAUCUGUCCUUCCCUGAUGAAUAACACUGAACAGAUCAACCAGUUUCAACCAAACCUAACAAAGCAAUAGGGAUUUUCAGAAUAAGAAGUUUUUCCAGUUUAAUGAAAAGGGUGGCAGAGAAGAGGAGCAAGAUCUUAGCAGUGCCCCACUGCGUGGAAGAGUAGAGCAUGAGCUCACCUUCAUACAGCAUCAAAGAAUGAACACAAGAGAGUGACGUCAGAAGUACCACAAGGACAAGCUUUGUUCAAACCUCAGAUUUGACAAGGCAACAAAGAAUCCAACUCUGAUACACUAAUCCAUAGGAAAAUACUAGGGCCUUUAUUUACAGGGCUUUUUUGUAUUCUACGUUAGUGGAUUAUAAUGCGGAAAACAAGCUUUCCUAAGUGAUCAUCUGGAAUCACUCAUCCUCAUACUUUCUCUCUCUUACCUUUUUCUCUGUCAUUUUGUUUGGUUUUUAUUUUUUUAAUGAAGUGGAAUAAUUUCAAUAGCAAAACACACUCAACUCAGAGUCAUAAUGAUAGUUAAAAUGGUUCGUCAGGAAACUAAGGUGGCUGAGAACCAAUCUUUGCAUUUUUAGUCGUUUUCAACAUCAGCUGGAGAGAGAUCCUGUUUUGGCUGAUGGCAUGGCCAUAUAAGCAGUUGUGAUAAGCCAAGCAAUGGGAACAUAGGACAGCAGUAAAGUGGAGAGGGGGAAGAGCAGGGAAAAUGCCAACUCAUUCAUGAGCAGCACACAUGGACCGAGAAAGUGCACCCUCAGUUCUCCAGGUGAUCUCUCUGAUUUUAAAUUUAGUUCCUAAUAAGUGUUCUACUGUAUUUCCUACGUUGGAUCCCAUCAUCAGAAUUACUGCUACAUGUGAGUAUUGCUAAUGUAGUCAUUAGCAGAUCAAUACAGUUGAGAAAGCGUGACUAAAAAUGAAGGAGCACAGAGCUUCAACCCUCAUGCCUGAGGGAUUUCUCUCAAGAUUGGUAAACAUGCUAAGUUAAUGGUAGAGGUAAAACAGAUUUUCAUGUAUUUUGCGCACCGGUUUUCCUUUUGUGACACCCAUUAGUGCGAAUUUUGAAAAAUCAAACAACACUUUGUGGUUCUUCUGAAUAUGUCCACGGAAUAUGCAUGUUACUGUAUUUAAACCGCAAACCACUUAUGGCUAAUAGUAAUUAGCAUCAUGUGAGUAAUCUCUAAAGCCACAUUAAUAUAUUGAUUCAUGCCAACUGGAUGCCAAGUCAUAGGUCACUGCCUGAAAUACACUACUCAUGUUCAAAAACAUGCUCAAUAUUUACAUGAAUAUUCAGUAAUUCUGAUCAGAUGUGGAAGAGCAUGUCUUUAAAGAGAGUAAGCUACUGUCCUGCUGGGUUUCAGGUACUUGGCAUAAACCGCAACAGUCAGGACAAUUUUAAGACCAAUUAUAUGUUCCCAUCACACAUCAGUGGCCAAUUUCAUUGAGUUGUUUUGAAAUACGUAGUUUGCUGGCAGGAGUUUCUGUGAGCUCAUCUUUCAAACUUGUUUUCAUUUAGGGGAAUGGCUUUUCCCCCUAACAUCAGUGUGAGUUAUCCUUAUUCCCUUAAUUUUGCCUGAGCUCUCUCAGGCAAAACUAUAUGCAACAUUUCUCAUUACAGAUGUUAACUUCACUUUGAAUCUUACUCGCUACACACUGCUCUUAACCCGGCUUUUUUUUGAAAACGCCACCGGGGUUAACUACUGUGAGGUUCAGAACUAUCAGCUCUGGGAGUCAGGUGUGAAACACUCAGGUGUGAAUUGUUCUCCAAACAAAAAAACUCUUAUUGGGAUUUUAAAAAUAGAAUUACCGAUGUAUGUACUCUUCUGUUGCUUGGGCGUGUGCUGUCUGUUGCACAUAGAUUUUUGUAUUAUCUGGUGUUACUUGUUUGUAUAUAUUGUAAGAAGAAAUUAAACUUUGUAUGUUAAAAUGUCAGUUUAUGUGCUUCAUUAUAUGAACCGGUAUCCUGAUGUGUUUCCUGGAGAAGUUCUGAUUUACAUCAGUGGGACUGAAAGCAGAAUUAGCUGUUUCACAUUAACUGUCAUGAAAAUCAAUUGUUUAAGUUAAUUCAUAGCUCCUGGAACUAUUCACAUCUAUAACGCUAAAAAAAUUUAUGUAAUCAUAUCAUUCUGAUAUAAUUGUAUUCCUACAGAGGCUGGUCCAAAAGAACUCUUAUAAAAUGUGCCCUACUCUAAUUUUAGCUUAAUAGCUGCUCAGACACCUCUUUUAGUAACUACAGUAUGUGUGUGUGUGUAUAAUAUAUAUGUUUAUAUAUAUGUAAGCAUUUCAAAUACAAACAACUGAUAGACAAUUAUUUGAUUUUUUUAAAAUAGUUUCUCCUACUCUUAUGCAAAAUUCCUAUAUUGGGCCUGUAGGAGGAAGACUGAUUGAGAAACAUGCUGUAGUUUUGCUGUUCAUUCAGUGACUGAGCCUUAACAAGGAUAUUUUUCUGAUACCCAUUUAGUUUUUAGAAUUUUGUGUCUAAACUCCAUAUUAAUAUAUACUGUGCAUAGUGAAUAUUAAGAAAAUAAUUGUUUCAUAUAGAGUUCACAUGACUCCCAUUGAAAUUAGGGGAGAGUUUGCCUGAGGUUACAGUCUGAUAUUAUAUAAAUGCAGAUUUUAACAUAAUAUUUCACAAGAGCUUCAAGCUAGAACAGCAGUGGUUGUAAGGUAAAUUCAUACAGUAGUCUGUGAUUCUUUCACAUUCAGUGCUCAAAUGUAGUAGAACUGGUAUACAUAUCUAAGAUGUUGAAAAUCAUUUGUUAAUGAUAAAUUGUAUGGAAAAUAAAUCCUUUCAGUCUGGGAAAUUCUAUUAUUUCAUUUGCCUUAACGUAUUUUCUUGGAUGUUGCCUAAGCACUGCUUUUCUGAUUCAGGAAUCACCAUCAGCACUGUGAUCUGCCAUCUAGUGGCAAAGUUCUGGCACUAAGAGUACAUGGAAAAUAUUUUCAUUUUUCUUUCUUCUUAUAAUGUAACUUAAACAUCUUGCAAAUAUUAGUUAGGAAGCAAACUAAAGCAGAAGUCAAUAAAAAUGUCAAAGGCAAUAAUUAUUUGAUUAGUGUCAUUUCUUGGGUCGUGUAAAUCUUGAAAAAUUAAGACUAUUAAAAAGGGAAGGAAUCUUAAGAAAAAUAAUUUCCUGCAUAAAACACAAUUUUUCAGAGAAAAAUGUGCUUGAUAGCUAAAUUCUUAUAUUAAGAAAGUUGCCUGUAAGAGCCAUGUAUAUAGAAUAGAAGAACAGACCAGGUCAUUAGUACUUCAGCAGAGCCAGAGAUUAAUCAGGAUCAGGGACCUCCUAUAUUAUAUAUAUAAUAUAUAUAUAUAAUAUAUAUAAUAUAAUAUAAGUCAAAUCCAGCCUUUCAAAGAAAAGGUCAACACUUAGUUUUGCAUGCUGUGGCUGAAAUUUAUCCCCCUUAAAGUCAGUAGCAAAUUCAAGAAGACUUGCUGAAUAAAUCCAGCAUAGGUUUGUAAGCCAAGUUUAAAUAAAAAAAGUGAGAAAUGGCCCCACGCAUCUUCCUCAUCUCCAUUUCAGAAUUGCCAUCAGAUUUAUGAUGGAUUUGCUUAGACAGGUUAAAAGACAUCCAACUCCAAGUCUUCCUUAUGGAACUGGAACUUUAGUGUCCCUGUGGUUUAACCCGUUCAGCUGUAUUUCUCUUUUCCCUAUGGACGACCAAAUGAUAGUCUUGACAUUGAAGUGGAAGCCAGGGGGCUCUGGGCCCUAGACAGGAACUAAUUUAGUCUCCCUCUGUAGCAUUAGCCAGGACGGUUUUAUCAAGCAGUGAUGUGAGGGUAAGUCUGUGAGACGUUUCUAGAAAAAUGCCUAGCACUGCCACUUGUAAUUGUUCUUCUUUAAAGUAACUUGCAAUGAAUGCACUUGUAGUUUCAUAAACCCAAAUGUU